CGUUGUGUAUUAUGCGUUAUGCAGAAGUCUGUGCUCUGGUCCUAUUGUUGAACUGAAUUGAGGAGUUUUUUGUUCGCCUCCAUAACGGUUGAAUGUGGUUCCUGUAACUACGCAUAUUUUUUUAUCUUGGAGACUGCGUACGCGUUGUCCCUGUUUCUCUUUUAUUUCCAAAAUCGUAAUUGGCGUAAAAGAAGGAGUGUAAUCACUCUGUUCAGAGCCAUAUAUUGAGUGAAUGAAUGAAUGAAUGAAUGAACUGAGCUGAAUUACAUAGUAUAGUGACACAUAUCUUUACUCGAUGUGUUUGUUAUAUCCAUGAUAAUAAGUAUUUUCUUUAUAUACAAACUCGAUAUAUAUUUAUUAUAUAAGCAUACCAUUUUGAAGUGAAAUUAUUUUUACUUAAUUUUUGCUAAAAUGCAAUUGAUGUCAGUCAGAAACGGUAUGAAUUCGUCUGUGAGUUCAAGUGUUAACCUUAUCGAGUUGGAUGAUUUAACAGUGAAAAGAAAAAGCGGUGGAAGUAUAGUCGAUCAACGUCCGCUGUUUUCCUGCGAUGGCGAAAGUUUAUAUAUAAUAUGGAAGAAUGUCAUAAAAGUGUGCAGCACGCAAACUGGAGACUUUGUGCAAGAAUUUGAACCUUCAGACUACAAAAUAGUUGGUAUAUUAAUGCAUCCAGAUAAUAUGCAUAUGAUUAUAGGUUGUACCGAAAAGGGUCAGCUGGAUUUUUGGUGCUGUCAAAACAACAUUAUCACUAGAAAGCUGCCAUUGAAAUUAGGAAAUGACAAGGCAAAAGUUAAAACUUUCCAUAUUGUUAAAUAUAAGACACCUCAAGGAAAUAAAAUAUGUCAAGCAUUAAUAACUCAUAUCUCUGAGUGUGGAAGUAAGAUCUAUGUACUUUUAUUUGAUAUAGAGAAUGGAACAUGUAUAAAAUCAAUAUAUAUAUUUGCUAAGUCACAAGAAUAUUACAUUGAUAUAAUUGGAAAUCAUGAAGAAAAUUUGGUAGCACUCCUUCAUGAUACAGAUUUACACAUAUUAAAUCCAGCAAGAAAUUUAGUGGACAAAUUACACAAGACUGGUAAUACAAGUAGAUUACCUACUUGUAUAGCAGGACAUCCGAUAGAAGAAUGUGUUGCUACAGGAGAUAAUACAGGUCGUGUAGUGGUUUGGAGAGGUUUAUUUCAAACCAGACCAUACACUGCUGUCUUUCAUUGGCAUACGUUGCCAGUUACCGAAAUAAUGUUUAGUAAAUCAGGUGGCCACAUGUAUACAGGUGGUAGUGAAUGUGUGUUAGUAAAGUGGACUCUAGCAAACCCUCAACAUAAAUCAUUUCUUCCGCGAUUAUCAGCACCUAUUAAACAUCUCACAAUUGCACCAGAUAAUUCAUACGUAGCUGUAUCGAUGUUAGAUAAUGGUAUUCUUAUUGUGAAUCCUCAAAAAAAGCAGACAACAGUGAUACAAAACUUUACAUGGGGUAUUGUGUCUUCCUCAAAAGAUCUGUUUCCUGCAGGACUUACUGUCGACCCGAGGACGGGUUGUCUGGUUCUGAAUAGUCGCACCGGACAUGUGCAAUUUUACAACACUCACACUAAAAACCUAUUAUACAAUAUUAACAUCACUGCACAAAAUUUUUUGACCCAAGAGCGUGAUGUGAUUAUUGUAAAUACGGAAGUUACAAAGAUCGCUUUGAAUCCUGAUGGCACAUGGAUGGCAACAGUCGAAGAGAGAAACGAUAAAGUCUCAUACAUAGAAGUUAGAUUGAAAUUUUGGAGAUUUGAUUGGAAUAAACAGAUAUACAUAUUAAACACAGCAAUUGAAUUGCCCCACGAAAAUGGUGUGAAUGCAUUACAAUUUCAACCAAAUAAAACAUUGAAUGAUGACAAAUGGUUAGCAAUUACCACUGGGAAAGAUAAUAAAUUUAAAUUAUGGAUUUUAGGGCAACCCUCGAGUGUACAAGAAGAGACGAGACAAUGGCAUUGCCAUGCAAAGAAUGACUAUCGCGGCUUAACUAUUACGGAUGCAGGAUUUUCCAUGGAUGGAUCAUUAUUGGCCAUCGGUUUCCAUUCUACUUUGACUAUAUGGAUACCAGAAACAUGCAAGUUGGAAAAUAGUCUUACGCACAUUCAAUAUGAUUAUCCAAUAACGCGGAUAGAAUUCGGGAAACAUGAGGCCUGUCAUCUUGUCGUAGCUGCGUCGCAACAAUACAUAAUAGUUUGGAAUCUUCUAACUUUGGCUAUAACAUGGAGCGUAUCUUUGAGUAUUGUCAACCUUACGUACGACCCGAAGUCUACUCAUAUGGCAGCAUUUACAUCUGAUAAUUCAUUAUACGUCUUUACACCACAAAGUCCAACAAUCGUCUACAAGAAAACAUGUCUCAUCGACCAUUCCAGUUCUAUAUUGGGUGCUACUUUUGUACCACGUCUCAAAGAAAGGCGCAAUCCUUCAACUGGUCGAUGGCAAACAAAAUCACAACUUUUCUUUCUAGAUUCCAACCAGGAGUUGUUUACACUGGAAGCAGCAGCUGAAAUGGGCAUUAAUUUGGAGAUUCUUUUAAAUAAAAGAAGCACGCCGUUAUAUAUAUCUGAUACAUCUGAUAUUAUAGAAAGUCAAAUAUCAAGCAAACAGGAUGUCGCAUCAGUUCAUGAACAUAUUGGCACAUCAACAAAAGAAGUGGUGAAAGAUUUGCUCAGUGUAUCAGCCCAUUCCUUGCCACCGAUGAAGGACCUAUGUUCAUUGUUUAUAUUGUUAUUAUCCAGACAACAGUCAAAACAUCGUUUCAGAAACGUCGAAGAGUCUAGAUAUAGUGACGACGAAGCUCGAGACGAUUCCUCGGAACUAAAUGAUAACGAAAUAUCACAGUCAACGAAACUCGCGGACGCAGGAGUCAAUGAAGCAGAAGAUACGAACGAAUCGAGUAAUCAAUUUAUCAGUUACGAUUGGUCUUCUUUAUCUACUAUACUCCCGGACCAAGACAAUAUCACUCAUUCUUAUGUGUAAACACUAUUGUAUAAAA